UGCCACUCCCUUCCCCCAACCGAAGAUGCGACUCCUCCGCCAUCCCCCUCCCCCUCCCGUCCCGAACCUUCGGGGUAGCCGUUUGCCCCAGCACGCGCGGGGUGCCUGCAAGCAACAGGGAGACAUGAGAAAUUGGAUUGCAUGCUACACUGGAGAAAUUACUGGUAGGAGAAUUACUUCCCAAAGAGACUGAAGUGAGUUGUAGGAUGGCGAAAGAGGAGCCCCCGAGUACCACAAGGGACUUGCAGGAGUUGCAGAAGAAGCUAUCUUUGCUGAUAGAGUCCUUCCAGAAUAACUCAAAGGUGGUUGCCUUUAUGAAGUCUCCAGUGGGCCAGUACUUGGACAGGCAUCCUUUCCUAGCCCUUACCUUGGUGGUAUUCAUUGCUGCGUCAGCUGUUCCUGUUGGUUUUUUCCUGCUCCUCGUGGUGCUUACCUCCCUGGCGGCUCUUGUGGGGGUCAUACUACUGGAAGGCCUGGUCAUCUCUGUGGGCGGCCUGUCACUGCUUUGUGUCCUCUGUGGCUUGGGCUUUGUGUCACUUGCCGUGUCAGGGACCAUCAUGGUGUCCUAUGUGGUGAUCUCCAGCCUUAUCAACUACUGGUUUUCUUCCAGCCACAAGAUAGCUGCCUACAGCUCUGGGAACACCAGGUACGUUCAAGACAGGAUGAAAGGAGAAAAAAAAUGAAUGUCCACCAACAGACCACUGAUACAGCAAAACCCCAGUGGUGAAUGUCAGCUGGCUAUGAAGUCUGCAGACUUUGAGGGGCUCUACCAGGAAUAACCUGCUGAACAGAAUCGGAGCUUCUUUCAAGCAUCUCUGAAACGCUGUUGAAUCCUACUCGCCCGUUGGGAUUAUGACUCAGAGAAGGGGGCUGAGUAGUCAAGCACUCCUUGGCUGUGUCCGCUAGCUUUUUCACUGUUUAUGGUACCCUGCAGUGGCUAAUGUGAGGGAUCAUGUUGCUCUCAUUUUGGUUCUGUUGGCUGACCCACACUCUCAGAGCAAAUCAGCCAAGAAAUGUGAUGGCUCAGCAGCUGGCCCUGACUGUUCUCCCCACUUCCCCAAGUAGUAUGCUGACUUGAUUUGGCAGGGUCCUGGGCGUCUAGAGAUUUUCCCCCUGCUUCCCACAAAGGCUAUGUCCAAGGGCCCAGUUGGUGGCAAAAGUGUAUUGUUUUUAGUGUUUUGUUUUUAGAAAUGAGGAAAACUUUUUUUUUUUUCACUUAUUCAAAACAAGAAUUAGAAAAAAAAAAUCCAGAAUAGAACCAUUUCUUCCAUCCUAUUUGUUUUUUAUCAGAAAGAACAGCAGCAUUUGGAAAUAAUAGGCCCUUGAAGUUGGAAGAUAGAGUCCAAGUAUAACUUUGGCCAACACUCUUUUUGAAAAAGUCUAAAGGUAUAGUUUCCACUGUUAAUUGCUGCUAAUCUUUUAAAUAUUUGAAUAUUUACACUUGAUGCUUUUGUAUCAUUUUAAAGAAUUUGUCCUAUUAAGAUAUUUCUUCAAAAAAAAUAAAAAGAAAGAAAAAAGAAAAAAAUAACUAAAGCACUACAAAGUAAAAAUAAAACAUCCUGUGGGAUUUUUCAGUGGAA